AUGAAUUAAGGAGAAAAUUUCAUGUAACUUUUAAUAAUUAGAUAGUGAAGAACUUUUGGAUGGUUUUCGUAUUUCUGAAUAUUAAAGUGAGGGCAAUUAAAGUGCAUUUAAGAACCUAUUAAGUCAAAUACAAGAAUUUAGAUAAAAACUAAGUAAGCAGUUGUAUUAGAAGCAACCCUAUUAACCUGAAUUUUCUGCAUAAGGUUCUACUUCAACCCAGAUUACAAUGAGUAGCAAGAGCUUUAAUGUUAAUGAAGAGAAUGUCUAAUGUUAAAUAGAGAGAGAAACUUUAAAACAAAAUUAGCUAUAGAAUGUAAUAAAUACAAUUUUAAGAAAAAUAACUGAUUAUAAGAAACAUACCGAUUCUGUAUUAGAAUUAUUGUAUGGAUUUAAUAAAGAUAAUUAAGCUGCAAAGUAAGAAGAAGUUGAAUCAAAUUAAUUACUUUAAUAAAGUAAAAAAAAUGCAAUGGAUGCGUAAGAAUAUUAAUCAUUAUUGAAAAAUGCAUAAAGUUUACAAAAAUAAAUAUUGUUGGACAAACAUUAAUUGAUUUAAUAAGAUAUAAAACAAUUAUAAAAUGAAUACAUUGAAUAUAGGUAAAAACAUUAACAGAAAAAUGAUAUAAUUUAAUAAUAAAUAUCAGAAAUAGCAUAAUUAGAUGAGAAGAAAUCAAAAAUAUAACUUAAAUAAUAAGAAUAAUCAUCAGUAAUAUGUUAUGCAAAUACAAUAAAGUUAUUAGAUGAGAUGUUUAAUAAAGAUGAUCCAAGAAAUUUAUUCUAAUAUUAAUUUGAACGAAGAUAAUAAAUAAUUAGAUAAAAUAGGAGGUUAACGUAAUCAUAAGUUUAAUCAUCAAAUCCAGAUUCAAUUAUUAAUAUAUUUGCAACUUAAAUAGAUUAAAUAGAAUAGGAUACACUUGAGUCUCCAAAGGAAGAAGAAAAAGAAAGUGAACUUAAAUUAUUAGAAUUUAUAAAGAAUCCAAAUAAUCAAUUGAAUGAAUUAGAUAUAUAAUAAGAUUUAUUAGCUUUUUCUGAUUUAGUAGUCUAAAAAUAUUAAGAGUAUAAGGAAUAAUUUGAUAGACUGGGAUUUUAGUUUAUAUAAUUAAAUGAGAAAAAAUAUGAUCUACAAUAAAUUAUGAGAGAAAUUAAUUAUUGUAAAUAUCCUGAGACAUCAAAUGGUCUGUUAACUUUAAAAUUAUCAGAUAAUUACAAUAAUAAUUAGAUUACUUUAAAUAUAUUAUCAACAAGUGUUGAAUUGGAUUUAAAUGAAUAACGAAACGAGAAUGAAGUAAAAAGAGUAUAAAAUGCUGUGAUAAGAUUAUUUAAUUUCUUGAGAAAUCAUGUUGCAAGAGUGAAUCAUUUAGUAAAACAUAUAUAAGAAUUAAGUGAUUUAGUUCCAUCACCUAUAUUUUAAGUAUUGGAUUAAUUGAAAAACUGUUUAUAAAUAAAUGAGAUAAUCAGAACACCAACAUAAAAGAAACCGUCCAUGUUAGCAACAACAAUUAUAGAAUAGAAAUAAGAAUUUGUUUAUGUUAAACAUGCAAAAUUAUUAUCUUAGAAAUAAAUGUUAAGUACAGUUCAUAUUCCAAAGAAACAUGUUCAUUCACCAAUAUCAAAAUUUAAAUAUUAAUAAAUUGUAUAAAAAUUUAUAAAAUCUCUUUUAUCUGAUGAAACAGAAAGAAUAUUUAUUUAAUAAGAUAUGGUUGAUGAGUAAAUAAAAUAUAUAUUGAUUUAGAUUAACUAAGGAGGUAUAAAAGCAUUGCGAAGAAAAUGAUCCUGAUGAAGAAGGUUUAAUGAGAUAUUUAGGAACAAAAAAGAUGUUCUUUUAACAUCAUUUAUAAUAAAGAACUAGAAGUAUAUUGUAAAAUGUUCUUUCGAAAUUAGGUGAAAUACAUAAGAAACUAAAAUAUUACAGUUAAUAACGUAACUAAAAUUGUUAAAUAAUAAUAGUUCGAUUAAAAGGGUUAGAUUAUACAGAAGAAAAGUUUAAAAGUGGAUGUGCUUUUACUAAUAAUGAUAUUUAGAUGAAAUCCUGCUAGCGUACAUCAUCAAAUAAUUUUGUAUCUAGCUAAUAAUCAUUUGAUAAUAUCUCGAUAAAUCAUUCUGAACAUAGUAAACAUCAUGGAGGGAAGGAUGUGUUUCAUUUGUUAAAGAAAUUGACAAAUGUUAAUGAUAUGCAAGAAAUAGCCUAAUAAGAUUCUGAAGAUGUAAAUAAAAUUUAAUUUAUUUUAAGAGUAUUGAUCAAGAAAGGGAUAAAUUGAAAAAGUAAUAAUACUUUAUUAAGAGUUAAAUUAAUACAAAAGAUAAAACAUUAAAGAAUUUAGAUGAUGAUGUAUUCUACAGGUUAAAUCCAUAAAGAAAGAAUCCAAAUUAAGAAAUGAGAAAUUAGUUAGAAAUUUUAAAACAUAUGAGAAUCAGUAAUAAUUUUGAUGAUAUUUCAUUUAAUAGGUGCUGCAAGAAGUAGUUGUUCUAUUGAAUAAGAGAUGAAAUCUUAAAUUUGGAAAAUGACAUGUCCUGUUCAACCAAAUAAGAUCAAAAUACGUAAAGAUACAUUUAGAAAAUUAUUUAAUUCUUCUGAUAAGAAAUAAGUUGAUUUCUAAUCUCAAAAAAAAUUAUCAACUAGAUCCUUUUAAACAAAUUUGAAUCCAAUACCUAAAAUUACAAAUACAGUUGGAGAUGAUGCAGAAGCUAUAUGGAAGAAAAAAUAUAGAGCAAAGAAAAUUUUAAAUGCAAUAUCAGUGAAGGAAACAUAGAAAGAGAAAUUUGGGUUUUUAGAAGUUAUUUGA